CCUUAGUUUUAGCGAAUAACAAGUCAAAAAUAGGUUUUGUGAGCUAAUUAUUAAAUGUCACCUUUUUAUUUGGUCUAAUUAACACAUUAAUCUUAACUGGUAUAUAAUUAUUUAAACUAAAUUAAUAUUUAGUUUUUUAAUAUGAUUUGAUAUUUAAUUAAAAAAGUCGUUUGGCAGAAAAUGCAGUUAUAAUUUUAUGUAAGACAAUAUUUCCUCUUUACAUAAAAUACUUGGUAAUGGUCUGUAUUUUGCCAUAAAAGUAUUGCAUUUACUAGACAGCAAUGGCAUCUUCGGAUCCGAUAAUUCCAACAACUUUUGUGCUCAACAAUGGUAUAAUGAUGCCAUCCAUUGGUUUGGGAACAUAUCGUAUACGACAGAGUGACAUUGUCAUGCAGGUAGUUGACUACGCUUUAGAAGCAGGUUACCGGAUGUUUGAUACGGCAGCCGUUUAUGGGAAUGAAAUUCACUUGGGGGAGGCAUUUAAGACUUUGUUGCCCAAAUAUGAUCUUGAGAGAGAGGAUAUUUUUGUAACUACAAAGUUAUCACCGUCUGAUCAUGGCUCACGUGCUGAACAAGCUUAUCAAAAAUCUCUUGAGAAUCUCGAUUUGGAAUAUGUAGACCUUUACUUAAUUCAUUUCCCUGGGGGUGCUAAGCUCCCUGCUGAGGACAAACGCAAUACGAAGAUGCGAGAACUGUCGUGGUGUAAGCUCACAGAGUUGUAUGAUGAUGGUAAAGUCAAUGCCGUGGGGGUAUCCAACUUUACGGUGGCACAUCUUGAAGGGCUAAUGGAGAGCAACCAUGGACUUGUUCCGGCAGUUAACCAGGUUGAAUGGCAUCCCUAUUAUACUCAGAGCAGUCUUUACAAGUUUUGCAAGCAGCACCACAUUACUCUUCAAGCGUACUGUUCCUUUGGAGGGACAUCAUGUUCAAAUAAUUCUCUGUUGAACGAUCCGGUGGUUGUGAGCACUGCUCUUAAGCUUGAGGUCACACCUGCUCAAGUUUUACUUGUGUGGGCCUUGCAGCAAGACGUCGCUGUCAUACCGAAAGCCGUUCAUCCAGAACAUAUUAAAGAAAAUAGAUCACUCAAUUUCAAGAUUCCAGAAGAAGAUAUGAAGGCACUAAAUCAACUCAGCGAGAAAAAUGUCAAGUACGCUUGGGAUCCUAGCAUUGUUGCUUAAUUUCUCAUUCAUAUAUCAUAUAUUAAUCAAACUUUUCUAUAUUAAAUGUCAAAAUAAUAAUAA